AUGGAUUCAUUCAAUCAGAGUCAUCAGAAUACCAGCUUCAGGUACAAUCCAAAUUUAAACACGACGACACAUGCAGAUGAUGAAGCUGAGUUCUCGGGGAUUCUUGAUAUCUUUGUUCAUCAUGCUAGGAAUAUUCAUAACAUAUGCAUCUAUGAUAAUCAGGAUGUGUAUGCUAAAUUCUCUCUUACUUACGACCCUGAUGUGACUCUCUCUACCAGAAUUAUCAAUGGUGGUGGCAAAAACCCAACAUUCAAUGAAAACUUGAGGAUGAGGAUUACCCAAAUGGAUGGUGUUCUGAAAUGUGAGAUUUGGAUGUUUAGUAGGGCUAGAAAUCACAUGGAAGACCAGCUUUUGGGAUUUGCUUUGGUCCCAAUUUCACAAGUUUUUGGCAAAGGAAAGGUGACUGAAGAUUACAGCCUUUCCUCCACUGAUCUUUUCCAUUCUCCUGCUGGAACUGUCCAAUUAACACUGUCUUUAGACACAUCUUUGGAUAUCAAUUCCACAAUGAACUUGAUAUCCGAAUCAGCAAACAGUUCAUCCAUAUCAUCAGAAGUUAUUUUGCUUGAUAGAAAAAUCUCAGAAGUUAUGUUGGACCCAGUUGAGUAUUCUAGAAUUGAAUUUCCUGAUAUCAGUGUGGUAAAGGAAAACCAGCGAAUGGUUACUGAAUACUUCAAUUUGGCUUCUCAUGGUUCUACUUCUGCUUCAAAGUCUAACUCAGGAGGGCUAAUACCAUUUCUUCACCUUAGUGCAUCUCCUCAACUUGAUGAUUAUGAGAUGACUAUGAUUUCACCAGAUGAGAAUCAUGUUGGAUCCAUUUCUCCAAAUGAGAGCAUUCAGAAUUCUGGGAUCGUAAGCUCUACUAUUACAAGCUUAAGUGAUGAUAGAAACUCAGCAGAUUCAGUUGAGAAAAAUAAUCCUUUGGGGGGUGAGUUAUCACAUUGUGUUACUGCUGUGUCAGUCACUGUUGAAGGUAGUCAAAACUGUGGUGCUUGUCCGGAUACCCCAACUUCCAAGAAAGAAGAUGAAGUCAGAGAUGACAAAGAGGCAAACUUCUCAACCAAUGAAAAGAAAAGGAAAAAUGAUAAGAAUAUAGAAGCUGUAAAAUUUGGUCAAGUUUUUUCAGCUCCACUAGGGAACAUCAAUAUGGAGGCUGAGCAAUCUGCUAUGCAACAACAAAUAGUGGACAUGUACAUGAGGAGCAUGCAGCAGUUUACUGAGUCCUUAGCAAAAAUGAAGCUACCAAUGGACCUUAACAAACCUGAUAGAGAAAAUCAUGGUGAUGUGAUUCAAAAUCAUGACAACAGCAAGUUAGAAAUUGAUAAGAAGAAAAAGGAUGGAUCACGUGUGUUUUAUGGUAGUCGGGCAUUCUUCUAAACACCUCUUGAUGGUUAAAAUAGCAAGACAUCAGAUGAUGAGAGUUAAAUUUAUUUUAACAUCAGGUACCUCAAUUUCCUCAGAGAUAUUUAUCACAGAUUUUAGUUAAUCCUGGUUUGUUUGG